AUGGGCAUGGCCGUGCAGAUGAGUUCUGAAUCCCUGCAGGGGGGAAAUCUCAGCAGCCCCACCUCAUUCCUUCUCUUGGGGUUUUCCAGUACUUACAACGCACAGGUGGCCCUCUGCCUGGGUUUCUUGCUCAUUUACCUGGUGACUCUGCUGGGGAACCUGCUCAUAAUGAACCUCGUCUGGCUGGAUGCUCACCUGCACUCCCCCAUGUAUUACUUCCUGGGCCACCUCUCCUUCCUGGAUAUCUGCUACUCCUCUGUCACACUCCCUAAGAUCCUCAAGGAUUCCUUCUCAUCACAGAAGACCAUUUCCUUUGCGGGCUGCAUCACACAGAUCUAUUUCUUCCUUAGCUUUGGAGGCUCUGAGUGUGUGCUCCUGGCUGCCAUGGCCUACGAUCGGUACCUGGCCAUCUGCCACCCCCUUCACUAUGCAGUGCUCAUGAGCAAGAAGAUUUGCCACUGUUUAGUGGCUGUUUCAUGGCUGAGUGGCUCCUUCUCAUCUCUGAUACAGGCCUUUCUCGCAGCCCACCUACACUUCUGUGGGUCCAAAGUGAUCAAUCACUUGUUCUGUGAGAUACCCUUCUUGCUGAAUGUGUCCUGCAGCCCUAAUGCUCGCUUCAACAAGGCUGUCCUGUAUGCUUUGGCUGGGACUAUUGCCAUGGGCUCUUUCCUCCUUACUCUCGUGUCGUAUGUUCACAUCCUCUGGGCUGUCCUCCAGAAGGGAGCAGGGAGGCAGAAGGCCUUUGCCACCUGCGCCUCCCACCUGACUGUCGUGUUCCUGUUCUUUGGUGCUGGGGCCAUUGCCUAUCUGCUGCCCCACUCCAGCACCUCCAAGGAGAUGGGCAAGGUCCUCGCCCUGCUGUACGCCAUCAUAACCCCCAUGUUGAAUCCCAUCAUUUACAGCUUGAGAAAUAAUGAAGUGCAGGGGGCCAUCAGAAAAGUAUUGUCCAGGUCGAGAAGCAGUACUGAACCUCCACAAAAUGCCUUUGUUGUGACGGUGUCCUUGGUUAUCCUUGUUGUUGUUCCGUCAUGCGUGUGGCCAGAGACAGGUUUGCUUGCUGCCUCUGAGGAGCUGUGCAAGCAUAAAAGCUUGGAGGUCCCCAUGGAGCACAACGUCCUCACAGGUGUGCUGCAUGGCUGCCAGGUUGUGCUUGGAAAGAGGCCAGCUCUGAAGAUGAAGGUCAUGUUCCUGCUCUUGGAGCUGAUGCUUCUGUCAGUGCUGCAGGCCCAGGCAAAAAUCCCUCAGAAGGAAUAUUUUGAUGCAGAGAAGCUUGCUGGGAAGUGGCAUACCAUUGCCAUAGCUUCCCACUCCAGCUGGAUUGAGGACUUCAAGAGAAAUGCGAAGAUGGCUGUGAGCACUGUAAAACCACAACAGAAUGAGGAAGAUGUCCCCAGCUGCAGGCUGCUAGAUACGGACUACAGCAACCACAUCCUCCUCCUCAGUGACCGCGAGUACCAGGGGCGGAUCAUCUCAGUGCUGUUUCUCUACAGUAGGGAUGCUGAAGCGAAACCCCACAUGUUAAAGAAAUUCAGAGACACCAUGAGCCAGAUGGGGCUUUCUGAGGAGCAGAUGAUUGUACUGCCCAAGACCGGUAAGAGCAAGAGGCAGACCUGA